AUGCUACUUCGUAUUGUCAUUAGUUCCAUGAUCACGAUGAUGAUGCUCCUGUUCUUCGUUAUUUGCAUUGUAUACGCUGGUAUUGGUCACGCUCAACAUAACAAAUCGACCAAUGUAAUUUGCUACUACGUAAAUAGUUACGGAGUGUCCUUAGCUCCUCCGGAACAAUUGGACGCCAAUCUUUGUACACACAUAUUGUACGCCUUCGCCAAUUUGAACGCCAGCGGGUACUUAGAAUACAACAGAAAAAUUGAUAUAGAUGAAGAAAUGUACAAACGAGUAGCGAACCUCAAAACGGCCAAUCCCGAGCUGAAGAUCCUGCUCAGCGUGGCCGGCGAUAAACAUUUAUUCGCCAGCGUCGCAGCCAACGAAACGACAAGGGAAAAUCUGGCGAAAAGCGCCGUGAAUUUUUGCAAAUCGUACGGCUUCGACGGAUUAGACAUCGAUUGGGAACUCCCCGGCCGAUCCGAUUCGGACAAUUUCGUGCUCAUGCUGAAGGAUUUAAGAAGCGCUUUGGACGAGGAAAACUGGCUGUUAACCACCGCUGUUUACCCUUACCCCAGCGACGGUUACAACGUCGCGGAGAUAGAGAAGUAUGCCCAUAUGGUGCACAUAAUGUGCUACAACUACUACGGGCCGUGGAGCUCGCACACCGGCCACGAUUCGCCCCUGUUCGCCUCCUCGCUGGACAGCAGCUACGAAAGGGGCCGGCUGAACAUCGAGGCCUCGCUCAGGCACUGGCUGGACGCCGGGCUUUCCAAGGAGAAAAUCAACGUGGGCAUACCGUUUUACGGGCGAACGUUCGCUCUGGUGGAUGCCUCCGAGCACGGGGUGCACUCGCCCAUAUCGGGCGGGGGCCACCCGGCGACUCCAUCAUACAAAACAGUUUGUACAGGCUUCAGGAAUUACACCUACGUGUGGGACGAUGAGCAAAAAGUGCCAUACAUGUACCAAGGCAAGCAGUGGUUAAGUUUCGAAAACCAACGGUCCAUUCGAGAGAAGACCAAAUACAUCGUGUCGCAAAAUGUUGGAGGAAUAAUGAUCUGGCAAAUCGGUUUGGACGAUGUCGCGGGCGAUUGUGGACAGAAACAGGCGUUACUUCGCACCGUUCAUGAGCAUUUGGGAAAAUAA